CAGGCCCUGUUAUGCAAUGUUUUGGGGCCCUCUUGCGCCUCCCAAUACUGGACUUGCUGUUGUGCAAAGUAUGGCAGACAACAAGACUUAUCUUGAUCCGUCAGAACCCAGGGACCGUGAAAUACGAACCAAGAAGGAUAAACUAGCAGUCGAGCGCCAAAAUGAAGAGUUGAAAUCUGCAGCUCGUGCAAGGUUGAGUGAGCUGAAAUCAAAGGGGGUCCUUCCUCGUAGGCGGCAGACGCUCGAACAAGUGCGUGGUGUGUGCUUUAUCGAGAGUCAAUGGAAUCAGAGCGAAGCUGAGAAACAGUCGGCAUUCAUCUGGGAUGGGGUCAUUCCUCGGAGGCAUAAGCCUCGAUCAGUACUGGGUGUGCGGGUGAAAGAACUUUUUUAAAGUUACAUAGUUGUGUGUGUAAUUGAGAGCCUUGUAUGUUUUAUUGAACAGAGACGGAGGAAAUUGAGCAGCCGCCGUUGAUCUCAGAGGAGCAUCGGGAAUACGUGUUAAAGAGAUUGGAAGAGUCUUUAAAAGAGAAAGAGGGGAUGAAAAAUGAACCUCUAUAAACCUCUACUUGGAGACCUUGACAAUGUCUUUAAUUUAAAGCAGAUCAUGGUUCACUGUAAAUAGUAGUAAUUAAUAUGCGCAUUUUUUUUUGUCA